ACCAGUCUCAGUUCUAGCGCAGCACAACUGCUAGAAUUACGAAGAGACAACAUGCCGGUCAGGCUGAUGGCCCUAGCAGCGCUCAUGCUGAUCCAGGAGGGCAUCCACGGCAAAGGCAUCAACCCUGUGGUUGGCCUUUACCUUGCGUACGGGGAACGCUUUUACAUGUGUGACAACGGCUCGCUUCCCUGGAAAUGGCACGUGCGCGCUACCCAUUUCAACCCAUAUAAACCAAAAGAAUUGCAACGCAUAACAGGCAAUGUGACAGCACAUACUGCACCUCUUGAUGACAACUGCUGGGGAAAAGUCGUUGUGGAUGCUCGUUCAAAUAACCAAUGGAAGGAAAACGCCUAUGUUUUCAAUUUUAAACGCAAUGGAUGUCGGGUUUUAAAAGAAAAUGCACCAGGAUUUUACGCGGCGCUUUUUAAGAAUAGCGAACUGAAAGGCCCGUGCGUAAUUAAACAAGGAGUUUACGAGUUCAACGAUGUUCCAGUAGAAUGGAGUUUCCCAAAUGUUCCAAUACUGCCUUAUGGGCAUUAUAGGUUCAGAGUAAUGGUUGGUAGAGCGGAAAACCAAUACGCAUGCUGGGUGGCAGAUGCUAGGACUAUUCCAAAGCCCGAGUAGUAGAGCAAGAGCUGGUCCAGGGUAGCUCCCGCUGCUCGCGAAGUGCCUUAUUUUUUUACUGACU